AUGGAAAACUCUUGGCUUGUUAACUCCUCCGUAGAGCCCCAGUUUGAGUCCAAGCUGUCCCCAUCCGCCGACCUGGUCAUCGCUGCAUUUCUCAUCCUCACAGGCGUUGCGUCUGUGUGCGGGAAUGGGGCAGUGCUCGCGGUCUAUCAUCGAAAAAGAAGCAAAAUUAAACCACCAGAGCUCAUGAUUGUCAACUUGGCCCUGUGUGAUUUUGGCUUCAGCGCUGUGGGUAUGCCGUUCUUCAUCAUUUCCAGUCUGAGCCAUGGCUGGAUCUUUGGGGACACUGGGUGCCUUCUGUAUGGCCUUCAGGGCUUGGUGUUCGGUAUCGGCUCUCUCAUCACCACCUCUCUCAUAUCUCUGGACCGCUGCCUGAAAAUAUGCUGCUUAAGAUAUGGUCAGAGGAUCAACAACCUUCAUGCCUGUGUGAUCAUCGCGGUCAGCUGGCUCUUCACUGUGUUCUGGGCUUCACUUCCUGCUUUUGGCUUUGGACGUUACAGACCAGAACCUUAUGGAACGAGCUGCACAGUCGACUGGUGGAGCAUCCAGACGGCGGACACUGACCGGCUGUACGUGUACCUCUUCUUGUGCUUCUGUUUUGGAUUUCCCACUAUCACCAUCAUCGCUUCAUACCUGUCCAUUCUUCACAAGGUCUACACAUCGAACCGUGCCCUGGCCUCUUUACCCUGCUCUGCUGUCUCCAACACUCACAGCAAAGAUCUCAAACUUGCAAAGAUGGCAGUGAUGGUGUGUGUCGUCUUCCUCGUGGCCUGGCUGCCUUACGCCUCAGUGUCCCUCAUCUCGGCCCUGGUCUCCAGAAACGACACUCUCUCUGAGUCCUCCAACCCCGGACCAGGAAGCUCCAGCAGCCCGGGGUCCUGCCUGCCUCCUGUGGUCACUGUGAUCCCCGCACUCUUUGCCAAAUCCCACUGCAUGAUGAACCCAGUCAUUUACCAGAUCAUGCACAGGGAGUUCAGGGACAGUCUGUAUGAGAUAGUGUUUGGACGCGUGAAGGCCUCUAGGAGGCGCCAGAGACGAAAAAGUGCACAUGUUCACUCAAGCAUCAUGAUGCAGAGCAGGGCUUCAAGAAACUGA